UGACGAUUGUAUCCAACACCAUUCAACUUCUAUAUCAAAAUAAAUCAGUAACGUUAAAAUAUUGGCUUAUAUAAACGAGAGAAUUGAUGGCGAUGAGCAGAGAACAGAGCAGAACAUAACAGAGGGCCAGAAAAAGUACCCAAUUGGGCAACCAUCUUCUUCGAGUUGGUUGCUUUUCCCGAGAUUCUCAUAACCACAAAACGCACCGUCGUAUUAGCCCCAUCACUUUUAUCUCUCCAUAUUUGUGUCUUAAACUUCUUUUUAAAUCUCCACUCUUCUCUCCAUUUCACUCACCAACUGCACUCUGCACUCUUCAUUUCCUCGGCCUUCAACAUGGUGGCCGAUUCCAAGGGUAAAUCGGACAUUUCCCUCGCUGGUACUUUCGCCAGUAGCGCUUUUGCCGCUUGUUUCGCCGAGAUUUGCACUAUUCCUUUGGACACUGCUAAAGUUAGGCUUCAGCUGCAAAAGAAAGGUGUAGCUGGAGAUGCAUUGGCCUUACCGAAAUACAGGGGUUUGUUGGGAACAGUUGGUACUAUUGCUCGGGAAGAAGGUCUAGCGGCACUCUGGAAAGGAAUUGUACCUGGAUUGCAUCGUCAAUGCUUAUUUGGAGGGUUGAGGAUUGGAUUGUAUGAGCCUGUUAAAAACUUCUAUGUUGGUAGUGACUUUGUUGGAGAUGUUCCUUUAUCCAAGAAAAUACUUGCUGGGCUUACGACUGGUGCUCUAGCAAUCACAAUUGCAAAUCCAACUGAUCUUGUCAAAGUAAGACUUCAAGCUGAAGGAAAAUUACCUCCCGGUGUGCCAAGGCGCUAUUCAGGAGCAUUGAAUGCUUAUUCUACAAUUAUGAGACAGGAAGGAGUUGGGGCUCUUUGGACUGGACUUGGACCUAAUGUUGCACGAAAUGCUAUCAUAAAUGCAGCUGAACUAGCCAGUUAUGAUCAAGUGAAGCAGACAAUUCUGAAAAUCCCAGGGUUCACAGAUAAUGUUGUCACUCAUCUCCUUUCUGGUCUUGGAGCCGGAUUUGUCGCUGUCUGUAUUGGUUCUCCAGUUGAUGUGGUUAAAUCUAGAAUGAUGGGGGAUUCUGCUUAUAAGAGCACACUGGAUUGUUUCAUUAAGACUCUGAAAAAUGAUGGGCCUCUUGCAUUUUAUAAGGGCUUUAUCCCAAACUUCGGAAGGCUAGGAUCUUGGAACGUAAUCAUGUUUUUAACCUUAGAGCAGGCUAAAAAAUUUGUGAGAAGCAUAGAAUCAUCUUGAGCUUAAAGGCGUGAUGAUCAAUGCUUUAGUUCAUGAAUUCUGCAUAGCGAUUGCCAUGGAAGCUAUACAGGGAAUAAUAAAGUCCUCAGGAGUCAUUCUUCUUCUCAUUUUAACUAUUAAGAUGAGGAAUCCGGCAAGAGACAGACACAAUCAAAUGAAAAGAGAUUUUUAGGAACUCAGAAACUAUAUCAAUAAUUGUGAAUUUCAUUUCUGGGAUUCAACAUUGUUUCAAUUGAUAUUGCUGAUUUUACCCCCAUGGAUGGGGUCCGAAAUGCUACUUUUUCUUCUUGGUGGUUC